GUUGCAUUAUGGGAAAUGUAGAAUUGUGUGUUUCCAACCUGUCGAAGAGACUUAGAAGUCACGAUAUCUUGGCUUCCGCUGCUUCGAUUAUGACCAUUCAUUCUUUAAUAUGUCUCUUGUGAGUUGUUGGACUUUAUGGAAGUGCAAAAUGAAAUCAGUAGAGUACCCCUUUAAGGUUGGAAAAAUCAUGUAAUUUCACAAUGUAUAUUCUAUACCGCUUGUUGCUCAGAUAUUGACCUUCUUCAUGUCUCAUUGAUGGUGAGUAUAACUUUUUGACAUGAACCACUAUUACAGUAUUUGUUUUUAGAUCUAUUGUCUACAUUGAAAUCUAAUUUUAUUUGGGCAAAUAAUGCAAAUCUAUGUAGCCUCAGUUCAGUGUGUUGGUACUUUUGCAGUCUUAAUUUGAGAUUUCAGCCACUGUAUUUUAAUUUAAAAGAAUCUUGCCUAAUGUAACUUAAAUAACACAAAAUCUUUGGCAUGAAUACUUUUCAAUGAUCCUAUUUGUGUAAUAAGAUUUGUUUUUCCUCAUUCCACUGCUUAGAUUUCUCAAGGACAAGGAGGUGAGUGUCCGUCUUUAAUGAGGCCCCUUUGAGUGACCAGAGAGACGCAGUUCUUUCGUUCCUGAUUUAAAAGGAAUGCCAUGUUUCCACUUCAGCUGCAGGAUGACAUGAUUCCUAGAAAAUUCUGCCAAACCCUUGAGCGGAGAAAGCUUGUAAAAACAAGGUUGUUUUUCCUCCAAUCUUCCUGCUAAAACUGAGAUUAACACACAAACUGGCAAAUGUCUGAUCACACCUGUAUCCUUCUCUCAAAUCUCCCAUCCACAGCUCCACUUCCUGCCUGUCACUGUUGUCUUUGAGCCUUUAUUUAAUCCUGCAUUGCCAGUUUCACCUUCUUUCCAUCCCAUAUCUCUCUCUCUCACUAUAUGUUGAUUAACCAGUCAUGGCAGUGACAUGUGGAAUCUUUCAUUACCUUGCCCCAGGGGCACCAUACUGUCUGUGCCUGUGUAUCGCGCGAUUUUUUUCUCCCACCCCUGCCUUCUCUCUCUCUCUCUCACACACUCAUUCUCUCUCUGUGGUAUUAUUCAGCCAGUGGCGAGCAGGUGGUUUGUUGUUUGUUAUUCAGCCAGCUGUAUGGGGCAGUAGUAGUAGCUGUCAGUGACUCCUCUCCAUGGCCUGUCGAUCCCCCGACUCUGGCUCCUACACUGUAGUUAUCAUCCCGCUCAGGACCGGCCUCUACAGCCUGGACGCACUUCGCUUCUACCUAUGGGUUAAGCGUCUGAAGGAUCUAGAGAAGGAGAAGGACGCGCUGUGCUCUGGCCUGGAGAUUCUGGAGAAGGCCCGUCUCUGGUACAUCCAGCGGCUGGAGGAGAACAGAGCCAAGCAGGACGACAUUGACUCCUGCCAGGGAGAUACAGCAGAGGCUCAGUCUUGCCUCAGGUCUCGUAUCCAGCGGGUGAAUGGCUCUCUGAGCUCUGUGAUGAGGGAGCCCAAUGUCACCAGCGGCAGCAACCCUUCUCUGCCUGACGCAGUAGCAGACAGCGACCUCCGGUGGCACAACACAGUGCUGGCUCAGGAGGUGAGUGACAAGAAUCGUCAGAUCUCCAAGUUGAAAUUGGAAAAAAAUGCAAUCCUUGAGCAGCUUGAUGAACUGCAGGCGCGCUGAUUGCAUAAACACACAUGAGCUGUCCUGCAAACUUUCCUUUCACUUCUUGUCACACAGUUGCUAGCUUAUAACCACUUGUAAAUAUGUAUUUAAUUUAAUAAAUUACAGUAAAGGAUG